GCCAUGGUUACGACGUCAAACUUGAGAGGCGGUGAGAAAGAACUUAGCAUGAUAUUAUCCUGCUUUGUAAUUUUUCCCCGUUCUCUAAAGUAAACUAAUUUGAGAAGAUAUAAAGUCACAUUUGGGAGUAUGUUUACUAAAAUAUCAGGAAGAAAAAUGUGACUGCCGAAAGACACUUGAACCUCUUGAACAAUGAGCCUGAGUACCACAGCAAAACAUCCCAGCAUCGCUUCUACAAUGACCUCCCCAGAGAAAGAGGAAAAGGUUCAUGAUGUGCAGCAAAGCUUUGUCUUUGGAAACAGUGUUGUGGAACCACAGCCUCCUUACAUUUCGCCACAUGAAGAUGUUGAGCCACGGGAGCCGGCUGAAUGUUAUUCAACAGAGACAUUAUGUCUGAGCAGAUCUAAUCUCAAACAAGUUCCAGGCAGUAUUUUGAAAAAUGGCACACUAAAGCAUCUGAGUCUCGAAGGCAACCAGAUCUCCAGCAUCCCAGAGUUGAUGUUCAUCAGCUUGCCAAACCUGCAAUGGCUGGACCUCAGAAAAAACCAAAUUGUGUCGCUUCCUGCUGAAAUUGGCUCACACAGGUCUCUGAAAACACUCCUGCUAGAAGGGAAUCCUCUCUCAGAACUGCCACCAGAGCUAGGGAAUGUAAUUACCCUCAAAGGUCUGAAUCUGAGGGACUGCCCCAUCCAUUUUCCUCCACAAGAUAUCGUGCACCAAGGACUACAGUCCAUCCUUCAUUACCUGAGGAGUGCUAUGGCUAAGCGACCACUUAGCGCAAAGAAGACCCCUGGAGUUGUACCUGCCACGGUUGUUUCAAUGCCAGAGGUGCCAGUCGUGGAGAAGCUCCAGCUGUUGGAGCUGACAGGGUCCAGUACGGAGGAUCAGGAUGAAGCUGUGGAGGAGAACGAGCUCCAGAAGUUCAUGGAACUCAAACAUAAGCUGAUCCUGUUGGACAAAGCCGAGCUGGGUCCAACGUCACGACCUCUUCCUACCACCAAAAAUUUAUUUGUCAGAAAACGGACAACUACCAAGGCCGGCGUAAUUCCUGAGCUCGCCCUGUCUGACACUCAGCACUGGAAGAAGCCGGAAGAGAGAAGACAGGCUGCAAUAAAUGAACUGAAAAAGAAUCAGGCGAUUCUCGAGCGUAGAAGAAAAAAUCAAGAGGCUCUUCAGAAGUGGCGAACACAAGCCAAAAUCGCACAGGAGAAGAAGAUAUCUGAUUAUAAACAGAAGGAGCUGGAAAGACAAAGAAAGCGAGAGGAAGCACACGCAAAUUCAAAGCCUGGGUUGGACUACAGCAGUGGCACAGAUGUGACACAGUACAAAGAUGACAGAUUAGUCCGGGAGCUGGAGCAGCAAAUCUGUGCCCAGGUCGAGAAGAUACAGGAGAGACGAAGGAAUCCCAGGGGCACGACGAUGGAGCAGAUGGCAGCGGCAGAGGAGGAUGUAGAAGAGAUGAGGAGGCUGCAGAGGCGGCUUCUAGAGAAGAAGAGAUAUCUUUGAAAAGAUCACAAAAAAUCUUUCCUCAUCUACACUGGAGGCACUUGGCUGAGUUUUCUCAAUAAGUGACAAGGAUUACACACCUGCUGUUUGGUUUGUAGUACUGGACUCAAAAUUAAUUCAAGGGAUUAAUCCCACAUCAACAGCAUUUGGAAUGGUCAUAUCUAAAAAUUAAAUAUCUCAGUUUUCUUCAUGAGCAAAAAAAGUGUUUAGAAAUAUUCCAUUCUAUUGCUUCUUUUAUUCUUUCUAAUUUUCUUUGGACUUCGGCAAGAUACUCUCUCCAUUACGAGAAACCGAUGUAAGGUACCUUAUUAAACUAUACUACCUCCCAA